GAGAGAGAUUGAGCACCGUCCAAUCAGAGAAGAGAAGAGUCCAACGAGUUCCGCGCAGGGAUCCAGUGGAGAGAGAGAGUGCCAGAAAUCUGCCAAGUCCUCGUGCCAAAAACUUUUCACCCACAGACGAAUGCGUCCAAGCCAUCCUAAGUCAAGAAUUGAAUCUCGAGGAGUAAUACAUCACAAAGUAGCUAUUACUAGGGAUUCCCUCACUCAUAGAGCUAGAGUUUUCCGUAGUGCAAUUCCAGGGCAGUCCGAUAUUGUCUGUGGAAUAAACUCACUGGAAAGCUUCGGGAGGUGAGGAUGGACCGAGCUCCAAGCUCCAGCCCAAGUGGCACCAGUCAAACAUCACAACCUACCCAACAUGAACCCAUCAGCUUCGGCAUUGACCAGAUUCUCAGCGGCACCGAUCAAGAGCCACAGCAGAACUCAACCAGGAAUAACUCGGAGAGCAGCAGCAGCGGCAGCGCGAGCGGGGGCGGUUACCAUCUCGGCAGCCCAACAGGAGCGAGCGCAACGCCGUACACGACACUAACCGGUACUUUUCACGGUAUCGCGGCUCCAUAUGAGGAGUCCAGUCCAUACGGAGUGAACUUGACCCUUGCACCCGGAGGAGUGAUUAGGGUCCCAGCUCACAGGCCCCUGGCCGCGGCCGUGCCUCCACCCAUGGCCAGCGCGGUUCCCGGUCUUGGGAGCCUCAGUUUUCCCUGGAUAGAGAACAGCCAGCGCUUCGCAAAAGACAGGUUUGCAGCAGCCCUGACGCCUUUCACUGUGGCUCGGCGUAUUGGUCACCCGUACCAGAACCGCACACCACCUAAGAGAAAGAAGCCCCGUACGUCUUUCUCCCGAGUGCAGAUCUGUGAGCUGGAGAAGCGCUUCCACAGACAAAAAUACCUGGCCAGCGCUGAACGAGCAGCUUUGGCUAAAACUCUGAAAAUGACAGACGCUCAGGUCAAAACCUGGUUUCAAAACCGCAGGACCAAGUGGAGACGGCAGACGGCGGAAGAGAGGGAGGCAGAGCGUCAGCAGGCCAACCGGCUGAUGAUUCAACUCCAGCACGAUGCCUUUCAGAAGUCUUUGACUGAUUCAGUUCCAACAGACCCGCUCUGCAUCCACAACUCAUCACUGUUCGCCCUGCAGAACCUACAGCCUUGGGCGAGCGAGGAGAGCGCCAAGCUCGGGGGAGUGACUGCGCUCGUAUGAGUACCAGAACUCAAGAAGCAAGUGACAUUCUCGCUCUUUUUUCAUGGACUGGGAUGUUGGUUGACCUUAUCUCCAUCCUAAAAGACUAUUCCAUUCCACAAAAAAGUGAGGAACUAAUAUUGGCCGUCCAACAGUGAGCAAACCCAUACAAAUAAAACGGUUCUGCGUCGUACGAGCCUCUGCAGAAUAAAUGAAGUCCGUUUUCCGUGGUGUGUCUGUGCGUACAGAGACUUUUAUCCCCACUAGGGUCAGUUUCAUUGACAAAAUGACUUGUAGAAUGGAACAGACCAUCUCAGCUGACCCUUUUACAGACCCUCUGAUCUUCUCCUCCAUCCUUUCAUUUGUCCUUCUGCUCCCCUGUGUAAUUUCUCCUCCACUCAGAGCUGUAGAAUACAGGAUUAAUGCAGAAGAGGGAAGUAACGAUGAAUUAAUUAUUUACAAUGCGAGUUGCACGACCUAAAAUGCCCCAGAUCUGGCCAUUUGUGAAAAUAAAAGGACACAAAGACGCACAAAUAGACACAUGCUUUUCCCUUUUUGUCAGGCUGGGAAUGCAUAUUUCGUCUUUUUGGGGUUCAAAGGAUAACCAGCUACUUUUUUUUUUUCAUUUCAUAAUUUUAAACUACAUCCCGAUUAUUUGAGAAAUCACAUCCAGUGUUCAAAAAAGAGGCGAAUGAGGUCGUACGGGGUGGAAGCAAUUUAUUUUAUCGGUUAGAUUUAUUCAGCAGUGACUCAGAAACUCCUCAGAAUCAUGCUUCGAUGGUUGAAUGUUGUGUGUCAGAGGGAAAGAACAAUUUCAGACGAAAUAAGGGUUUGUUGGAUGAUGUAGGUGUGCUGUUGCAUCCCAAACUCUGUAUUAUACUUUGUAUUUGAUAAAUAUGUAAAUAGCAAACAAAAAGUAAUAAACAUUCUGUUUUGGC